CUAGCUCUGGUGCGGGCAGCUCCCGCAAUGGCCGCGCUGCGGAGGCUCCUGUGGCCGCCGCCUCGGCUCCCGCCUCCGCCCUCCCCUCACCAUCCCUUUCCGGGGCCGUGGGGACGGCCGGCGGGGAUAGCCCCGGGCCCGCCUGGCCGGCCCUUCUCCUGCCGGGAGGAGGAAGAGGGGGCUGUGGCGGAGGCGGCGUGGAGGCGGCGGAGGCGCUGGGGCGAGCUGAGCAUCGCGGCGGCGGCCGGCGGGGGGCUGGUCGGCCUCGUGUGCUACCAGCUGUACGGGGACCCGAGGGCCGACUCCGCGUGGGCACCCGCCCUCGCGCGCCCCCCGCAGAGCUCGGCCUCGGAGCCGGAGGACCCGCCCCGCGGCCGGGGGCUGAUUCCCAUCCCGGUGGCGGCUGCCAAGGAAACGGUUGCUCUCAGCAGAACAGACAUUGAAGACUUAGACCUCUAUGCUACAUCUCGGGAAAGGAGAUUUCGUUUGUUUGCUUCUAUAGAAUGUGAAGGGCAAUUAUUCAUGACUCCAUAUGAUUUUAUUUUGGCUGUUACAACAGAUGAGCCCAAAUUUGCUAAGACGUGGAAGUCACUUACCAAACAGGAAUUAAAUCAAAUGCUCUCAGAAACACCACCAGUUUGGAAAGGAUCAUCAAAGCUUUUUCGCAAUCUUAAAGAAAGAGGUGUGAUUUCUUACACAGAAUAUCUUUUUCUUUUAUGUAUUUUAACAAAGCCACAUGCAGGUUUUAGAAUAGCUUUCAACAUGUUUGACACUGAUGGCAAUGAGAUGGUGGAUAAAAAGGAGUUUUUGGUGCUUCAAGAGAUAUUCAGGAAAAAAAACGAAAAGAGAGAAACUAAGGGAGAUGAAGAAAAGCGGGCAGUGCUGCGUCUUCAACUUUAUGGAUACCAUUCUCCUACUAAUAGUGUACUUAAGCCAGAUGCGGAGGAACUUGUGUCCAGAAGCUAUUGGGAUACGCUGAGACGUAACACAAGCCAAGCACUCUUUUCAGACCUUGCAGAGCGUGCUGAUGACAUUACAAGUUUAGUAACAGAUACCACACUUCUUGUGCACUUUUUUGGAAAGAAAGGAAAAGCUGAACUCAACUUUGAAGAUUUUUAUAGAUUCAUGGAUAACCUACAAACAGAAGUUCUAGAAAUAGAAUUCCUUUCCUACUCUAAUGGGAUGAACACUAUCAGUGAAGAAGAUUUUGCUCAUAUUCUUUUACGAUAUACAAAUGUGGAAAAUACAUCAGUAUUUUUGGAAAAUGUGCGUUACAGUAUACCUGAAGAAAAGGGCAUCACAUUUGAUGAAUUCAGGUCAUUUUUCCAGUUUCUGAACAACUUAGAAGACUUUGCAAUAGCCCUGAAUAUGUAUAACUUUGCAAGUCGCUCUAUAGGGCAAGAUGAAUUUAAGCGUGCCGUCUAUGUAGCUACUGGCCUCAAACUUUCACCACAUUUAGUGAACACAGUCUUCAAGAUUUUUGACGUUGACAAAGAUGAUCAAUUAAGUUAUAAAGAAUUUAUUGGAAUUAUGAAAGACAGACUCCAUAGAGGAUUCCGGGGUUACAAAACCGUCCAGAAGUAUCCCACUUUCAAAUCCUGUCUCAAGAAGGAACUUCACAGCAGAUAAGUACUUUUAAAGCAAAGUUUAAAGGAUUAUUUUCUACAUGAUGAUGCAAGAAGUGAAAAUUUCAGAGAGUAAAAACAGGUCUCGGAUCAGAACAUGUAGAAAAGAAGAAAAAGAUGAAACGCUAAUUACAGUUUUUCUUAAUUGAAUUCUUGAACAUAAGACAGAUAAAAUGCAUCCCCUCACUAACUCUAAAUGUUGUGUUAUCAAGUUGAGCUUUUGCAUUGAUUUACUGAACUCUGUACUUUUUCAUUCCUUUCAGAAGUACAUAGAUACUUCCAAUGACUAUAUAAGAAUAUAUUUUAAAUAUUUUUUA